GGCAUUUCAACUUGCUGGUGGCAUGGUGAUGGGGUAUAGGCAGAGGUGAAGGGAGGCUGCCAACUUUUGUGAAGUAACAAACCCCUUUGAAGUUGGAAAAUUCAAGUGAUGUGACGCCUCAGCAAAUCUUCAGGGAACCGCUGCCUUUGGGAACUCCAGCUGUGCUUUGUUUCUGUCUGCAAGCUUCUAGCAAGCACCCUAUGAGAGAGGUGGUCGAUUUCAUCAAUAAGCAAAUACUUCGAAAUGGAGUUAGUCCCCACUUCGACUCGAUGCAGCUGUGCAAGUCCUGGAGCGAUAUGGAGAAGAAGUUGCGAGACGUCCUGACCAACUCAGCAGUGGCAGAAGCCACCAAGGAGGCUUGUGCCUGGAAAACCCUGGCCCAGGCAGUGCGCAUGGCUCAGAGGCAGAAGCGGGAACACGCAGAAAAGGUGAAGAAGCUCCAGGACCAGCUGGACGAGCAGAAGCUGUUCACCAACGUCUUGGUGGGGACGGUGAACAGACUCAGGGAUAUGCAAGAAAGGGAAAAGAAGGCGGCCCAGCUGCAGCUUCAGGAAAGCCUCACAGCCCUUCGUGGACUGGAGGAAGAGCGAAACCUGCUGAGGAACGAGCUGCUCAGGGCGUCAAGCGCUCAGUCUCAAAAGCACGACGGGGCUGUGGAAAAUAAGAAGGGAAAGGAGGUGUGGACGUUUGGAGCAGCAGCAGAAGCUGCAGCAGUUCCUGCUGGGAACAAUUCCAGAAGCACCUGGAAGGGUAAGCAUUGCCCCUCCAAGAAGUUCUUGUCUAAAAGGCUUAAGCAAGAAUCUGGUUUCUCUUGCUCUGCAAGACAGGCCGUCCGGGGCAAAGGUGGGGAUUGGGACUGUCAGAAGUGUCAUUCAGUGAAUUUCUCGUGGCGCAAAAAGUGUUUUAAAUGUAAAAACUUCCAGGAUGCCAGGGAAGGUGAAGGCUCUGCCCACAAGUAGGGGCCUCACUGAAUUCUCACAGAUUCAUUCCCUGAUGCUCUCUUCUGAUUUAGAAAUGGAGCGGGAGCGUGUUAUUGGUUAGAUGUUAAGUAGAAAUAGACAAACAAAAAGGAAGAAGGUAGACAGUCAUCUUUAACUUUACCCGCAGUUAACAUUUCACUUACUUACUUCCAGCUCUGAGGGUCACUACAUAGGCGAGUUCUAAGACUUCAAUAGAUUUCUUAGGACCAUGGAAUCAUUUUUUAAAAUGAAGCUUAUAACUUGCUUAUGACUAUUGUUAUUGAUUUGAUAAAAUUUGGACUGCAGGAAAAAAGUACAGAAAAGGGAAUUAAAAUCACACAAAAUGCCGUCCCCUUGAAAUGGUCCUUAGGGCUCAGGGUUGCCAGUCCUCUCUUGUUAUCCACAGACAGACACACAUACUAGCCCAUUACGUCCCUGAAUGCAGAAACAUGCUAUUUUGAUUUCUAAAAUGAGUUUAAACUGUGCAUAUUAUUGUGGGACUCUCUUUUUUUAAUGACAUUCAUGUAAAUGUGGAAAAUUCCCAGAGGCACGUGUACACACAUGAAAUGCUAAUUCAACCACCUGGAGACAAUAAUCCUCCAGUAUUUAGUCUCAUGUAUUUUCAAAACUUUUUACCUGUCUAUACAUUGUUAUUAAAAUCAAUUCUUUUCCCUUAUUCCUAAAGUAA